AAAAAAGUACUAAAAAAUGUUAAAAACGUAAUGGUGGCUGCUUGCGGCCCAUUCCAUUGCUGACAACAUUAUUUAUGAAAUCGUGUGAAAACCUUCAAAAACUAAAAUUUUGCCCGAAGAUUGUUGGAUUAAACGAUCAGCAUGAAUCAAUGUUGCUUUAUUUGCAAUGCUAAAGCAUCGGUGGCCCUCAAAAAUGCUAUCACCCUGUUUGGAAAUGAUAGCACUUUACCUUCGGGGAAGAAAAUUACAGAUAUCCUAAGUGAGAUAGUUGAGAAGCCCGUCCAAAAUAAGAAAGUUCAUACUGAUGUUUUAUGUAAGAAGUGCUGGAAAACUUGCUGCGAUUAUGAUACCACUCGAAUCAGAUUAGAAACAAUGAAAUCAGAAUUACUGGAACAAUUCAAAUCAUCGAUAACAGCUUACAAAUUGGAUUAUGAAAAUUAUGAAAAAAAUGAAUAUGGGACACCGCAGAAACCGAAAUCGGUUAUCGGAAAGACAUUAGUGUUGCCAGCAUCAAAAUUACAACCGAUACCACCGGAUUUGUUGCUUAAAGUUGGGAAAUUGGCGGCGUUUUCUAAACCUAAUAUUGUAUUACCACAGAUAAAGCCCACCACAGCAUCAACAUUAAACUUAAAAGUAACAGUCGGAUCAUCAGUUUUGACACAAACGAUCAAAACAACAACUGCCAAAACUAUAGAAACACAACAAAUGGAUACAAAUUCAAUAUUAAAUUCAUUAUCAAAUGCUUUGAAAGAUGACAUAGAUAGCCUAACAAGUGGUGAUGAGAAAGCCAUAAUGAGUUUUGAUGUGAACUCCUUGCCUAAAGACUUUUUAUCCGGACCCGCUUUGAGAAGGAUGAAUGAAAAAGAUAAUGGAAAAACUGAUAAAGUAUCCGAUGAUCAUACCAUGGAAAUUGAUGAGGAUUGUUUUUCAGUGGUUCCUGUAUCUUCAGCAGGUAGUGGACUUCUCUUACAAGUGGAGAGCUUACAACCCCCUCCAAGGCCUGAAGGGACCCAUUAUCUGGACAUAGAACCCCUAGAGGGGGGUAACCCAGACCCCCAUAAAUUUAUAUUUGGCAAGCUACAGAUGCUGAAUGAACAAGAAGAAGAAGAUGAUGAUGAUGAUGAUGACACAAUAGUAGUGGACAGCGAGAAUGGUUCGAUACUGCGAAUGGUGACUGGCCAGAAGUUUAUAUACGAGGGCGGCGAGAUAUCACUCGUCGUGCCCGACGACGACCAGGGGGACGCCGGGGAUACGCACGACCAAGCCGAUAGCCAAGAUUCCAACGAUGAGUCUCAGAUAGAGCUGCAAGUGUCGGGUGACGAGGAAACUGCGAACGCCAUCAUAGCCGCCGCGCAAGAAAAAGGUGGAGCAUUCAUAAAGGUGGAGUCGGGCGAGAUGUUCCGCGUGAAGUCAGUGAGUAGCUCGGCGCGGCCCGCCACUCCGCUGCAAAUAGUCGCUCCGCAUGAUGACAAGUUCAAGUGUCUACUCUGUGAGAAAAAUGGUUCAGAAAAAGAAAUGAUAAGUGAAGCAGACGCAAUGAUGCGGCAUUUGAAGACAGUUCACGACGCGCGCCUGUAUCUGUGCCGGUUCUGCGGGGUUGUUAUGAGGAAACGCACCGAAUAUGCCUCGCAUAUAGGUAAUAUUUAUUAG